AGCAUCUGCCCCUGAGUGUGCGAGCGAGGGCGCCAGAGGCUGUUAGGGACCAGGUUCGCCAAGGACAGGAAAAUGGCGGCCUUGGGGUCGCCGGCGCGCACUCUGCGGGGCCUUCUGCGGGAGCUGCGCUACCUGAACGCGGCCACCGGGCGACCAUACCGCGACACAGCAGCCUACCGGUACCUGGUUAAGGCUUUCCGAGCACAUCGGGUCACCAGUGAGAAGUUGUGCAGAGCCCAACACGAGCUUCACUUCCAAGCUGCCACCUAUCUCUGUCUCUUGCGUAGUAUCCGGCAACAUGUAGCCCUUCAUCAGGAAUUUCAUGGCAAGGGUGAGCGCUCAGUGGAGGAGUCUGCUGGUUUGGUGGGCCUCCAGUUGCCCCAUCAGCCUGGAGGGAAGGGCUGGGAGCCAUGAUGCAGAAAGUCCUCAGAUGUUUCUUCAUUCAAGAAUUUAACCAUUUCUACCAAUAUGUAUUUAUCAUUAAAUCUUUUUUAAAGUGUA